GUUUAACAUAACCUAUAAAAAUCGAAACAUAACCUAUAUUUUCGAGAGGUCAAAAUGUUUUUUAAUUGCAUUUAUUAGUUUUUGUAUAAGUAUUAAUAUAAUAUAAGUCCGUAUUUACCCGUAUAUAAGUGUUUUUUGAUAUUUUCGUUAAAUUAUAGACAAUAUUUUCGUAAUAAAAUUAAGGCAAAAUGAAUGGAUUUAAAAUAACUGUAAAUUUGGUUGAAUUUUUCAACGAUCACCGCCGGUUUUGUCGAAUGUUCGUUAAUUUAAACAGGAUGGAAACGAUUAAUGAUUUACAAGAGCACAUUGCUAAAACGUUUAACUUGAACAAUUUUUAUUUGAUGGCUGAGAAGCAGUUUUUACCUGGCACGGAAAGUAUUCAAGUAUUAAAUGUUAACGAUUGCAUUUCGGUUGCUCCUUUACCACAAAAUUCGAAUACAGUUACAAAAAAGCCUUGCCCACAACAACAAUUAGAAGAAAACAAUAAUAGUUCGAGUGAAAAUGAAGCAAUUGAAAAUGGAAAGAAUAAACGAAGAAAAAAGAAUAAAGAGAAAGUGUAUCCUAACAAAAAAUUAAAAAAUUCUUUUACUGUUUCAAAUGAACGUCUUUGGGGGAGUACUCCGAUAGAAAAUAAUGAACAACCCAAUAAUGAUGAGAACGUAACAAAGAAAACAAGUAAAAGAAAUAAAACUUUGAAGAGAACAAAUUUAACAACAAAAAUAGAUGGUGGGAAAGUGGAUGAUGAUGUUGAUGAGAAUGGUACUCAUAAUUCUGUUAAGGAUAAAGUUGAAUAUUUUGAAAAACACACUGAUGUAAUAAAUCUAAAUCAAUCCCAGGAAAAUGAAAAAGACAUUGCACCAGAAACUGUUAAUAUUUCUGAUGUUAUGAAAAAUCACAAACUUUUUGUAAAACCUAAUGAUUCAUUAAAAUUAAUUUCCACAAAAUUACCACAACAACAAAAUGUAAUCAAAAAUAUUGUUGUUUGUACAUCAAAAGAAACAAGCGGAUUUGAAUCUAUUGAACCUUCAACAGAUUCAAUUAAAACAACUGGUAAGGAAGAAAAUGAUAUUAAUACAUUAAAAGAUUCCAAUCAAAAAGAUACAAAAGUUAAUAUUAUACAAGACAUUGUUAUACCACAGGAGUUAAUUGAAAUAACUGAUAAUUCUGUGAAUGUUGAAGUAAUGGAAGUUGAAAAUUCAACAAUAUCAGAUACAACUGAAUGUCUAUCUAUAUCUAGCAUCAUACAAGAAAACGUUGUGAAACGUAAAAGAGUUAGAACCCGUAAAAGGAAAUUAAAGAAUGUUCAACCAGAAGAGAAAACAAAUUUUAAAACAAAUUUUAAUUUUAAAAUCAAUUUACCUAAACCUUCACCAAGCAUUCAUAUUAAAUUUGAUGAUGAUGGAAAUAUGAAGAAUUUGAAAAAUGUUGGGAAUCAAUCGAACAAAUAUGAAGAAAGUGAACAAGUUAUUGUUGUUGAUUUGAGUACUAAAGUCUCUGAAAAUGAUGAUGUGGAGUAUGUUCCAAAUGAAAACGAAAUUGAAAUGGGUAAACAUGAUCAAAUUAAUGAUCAAGCGAUUAUAAAAACAGAAAUGGAAUUGUUAGAACUUCUUCCUGAAAUGAUUGAAAAGUAUCCUUUGUUGCAAGAGGAAAGUUUACAAGAAGGAAAUGUUAUUGCAUUUAAGUUAUUAAAAUUAGGAGAUUUUCUUAUUCCUGAUAUGACUAAUUAUAUUAUUGGGAAAAUUAUGGGUGUUAAUAAUGAUGGUAAAGACGUUGUUAUUAAUGUUAUAGGUGGUUUGGAAGAAGCUAAGACUGCAGCAGAAUCUUUAUGUGAAGGCGAUGAAUUUAUCGAUGUUACAGAAACAACGCGAAAAUACGAAAAGAGACAUUUAUUAUGUGCUCGAUUAAUUUCUAAACAUGCUACUUAAAUUUCAGAUAUUAUUCAUUUGAUUAUCUAUAAUAUACGAAUAUAUUUAUGAUAAAAAAGGUUUAUCUGCGCAAAAUACGUUGCGAAUCUAUUAAUACAUAGUUAUGUAUACAUUUUCUGCAUGUAAAUUAUUCAUUUAAUAAACUAGUUAAUUAAA